CCGGAUUCUGUGAGUCUUUAGAUUGAGUGAGUAGGUUUGUCAGUUAGGGGUUAGAGUGUACGUGGUGAGGUUUGGAACCGUCAAUCCGGUUGUUCACUUAUCACCAUGGUUGAGACCCGUAGUGGGACGAGCACUAGCCCCUACACCCAGGAGCAACAAGAGAAGAUGGCCGCCUUAGUGAGAGAGAAUAAAGAAAGGAAAGAGCUCCUGAAGCAGGCGAAGUUGAAAGUAAUCGCAGAGGAGAAGGCGGCGAAAAUGAAGAAGUUGGAAAAAGAGAUGGAGGAGAAGAAAAAGGCUGGCGAGGAAGAAGCAGCUGCAGAAGCGGAGGAGGAGAGAAAACACAGAGACAAAGAAGGGGAGAGUAGUGGCAUGAAGGAGGAGGGAGCGAAAUUAAAGAAGAAGAUUAGUGAGUGGAUUGUUAAUUUAUCGUUGGGGGAAGACGAGGAGGCACAAAUGUACGUGCCACAGGAUGAGAGGGACGCGUUAGCCAGUGCGUUACCAAUAAUCGAGGACCCCUUGGAACGACAAGAAUCAGAGGAGGAGAAAAAGUUGGAGUGGAAACAGAGGAUGAAAAGGGAAAAGAAGAGACGAAGGGAGGAAGUUAAUAGGUUGACCGCGGAGGUGGCAAAGGUGAGAGACUGCAGACGAGAGGUGCAGGCGCAGGCUGACCUUUCUGCCAAAAUGGAUAAGAUGUUGGGGUACUUGGAAGUGUUGAGUGAGGCUUGGAUGGCAGAGCGCCAAGCCAAUUGGGGUCCUGAUGUGGCCCUGAGUGCCAUGCGGUCAGGAUUCCGGGAUUUUGCGCAUGACAUACUCACCCACGUUGGGGGCGAAGUUAGGCGGUUAAGAGAGAACGUGGGAAAGUUUUGUGAGGGCGCCAUCGAGAGUGCCAAAGCAGUAGCCGCUGUUGAAAGUGAGGCUAGACCUCCUAACUCCUAAAGAGCCCGUCAAACUUAAAUUCCCAGAUGCAUAUGGCGGGAAGAAGGAGGAUAAUUUUGAUAGGCGAGCGUCAAUAGUUACGUAUACUCACAGCACAUC